CGGGACGGGAGACCAGGGUUCCGGGAGGGUUCUGGGAGGAGAGGGAGAGGCGGCGGCGACGGCGGCGGCGGGGGCGGCUGGAGGAUGAAGAAGGAGCAUGUGCUGCACUGUCAGUUCUCCGCGUGGUAUCCACUGUUCAGAAGCCUCACCAUCAAGAGUGUCAUUCUUCCACUUCCUCAGAAUGUGAAGGAUUAUUUACUUGAUGAUGGAACUCUGGUGGUGUCAGGAAGGGAAGAUCCGCCAACAUGUUCUCAGCCAGACAGUGAUAAUGAAGCAGAAGAAAUACAGUGGUCGGAUGACGAGAACACAGCCACGCUUACGGCACCAGAAUUUCCUGAGUUCACCACUAAAGUCCAAGAAGCUAUCAAUUCCCUGGGGGGCAGUGUAUUUCCAAAGCUUAACUGGAGUGCCCCAAGGGACGCAUACUGGAUAGCAAUGAAUAGUUCUCUGAAAUGUAAAACUCUCAGCGACAUCUUCCUACUGUUCAAGAGUUCUGAUUUCAUCACUCGUGACUUCACCCAACCAUUUAUUCAUUGUACUGAUGAUUCCCCAGAUCCGUGUAUGGAAUAUGAGCUUGUUCUUCGAAAAUGGUGUGAAUUAAUUCCUGGUGCUGAGUUCCGCUGUUUUGUCAAGGAAAAUAAGCUUAUUGGUAUUUCUCAAAGGGACUACACACAAUAUUAUGAUCAUAUUUCUAAACAAAAGGAAGAGAUUUGCAGAUGCAUACAAGACUUUUUCAAGAAACACAUACAGUAUAAAUUCUUAGAUGAAGACUUUGUAUUCGAUAUAUAUAGAGACAGUAGGGGGAAGGUGUGGCUGAUUGAUUUUAAUCCAUUUGGUGAAGUCACAGAUGCGCUGCUGUUUACUUGGGACGAACUGUUAUCUGGAAGAAACUUAAAGGGUGAUUUUAGUGAGGAAGCCCUGGAGCAGGAUGCUCCGGCCUUCCGUUGCACCAACAGCGAGGUCACAGUUCAGCCGAGUCCCUACCUGAGCUGCCGGCUGCCCAAGGACUUUGUGGACCUCUCCACCGGGGAGGACGCUCACAAACUCAUCGAUUUUCUGAAACUGAAAAGGAAUCAGCAAGAGGAUGACUGAUUAGCAUGCUAGAGUUCAAGGCCAAGUCACACAGGAAACCACUGCUGCUUCUGGAGGCCGUACAUAGUCCACAACCUCCUAUUAACCCAGUCAGCGGGGGAGGGGGAGGGGGCAGCGUGGAAGUCAGUGGCUUUUUAUAUUCAUGUAUAAAACUGGGGGAAAUGGAGGGCCUUUGCUACUUGUAAAAAUAACACAAUAAAUAGAUCUUAAACAUAGGAAA